AUUGGACAGGACAUCGGAUGGACAAGGUGGACGCUGAAGGUACAACGAUGGGCUCUUCUCGCUGAUCGGCCAGCUUUGCUGUCGUGUCGAAAGCGCGAACGCUCAAAGGCCUGCUGCAACGGCCGCGAUCACGCUAGAGCAAGCAGCGCUGUGCAGUGGUUGAGCCAAAGCCAGCUUGUCGAAAUGCUCGACCUCAGCCCGGUCGGCGCAAGCCGUAUACGGCCUGGCGCUGUACCUGCCGCUCCCCAUGAUGCUGUUUUUCAAUCGGCAAAAGCACUACUUCUCCAACCUUCGUCCUCUGCAGCAGCGAGACCUGUUCCGGACCGGACAUUCAGCGCGCCGCCGUACAGCAGGUUGGGAGAUCUGCGGCCGCCAAGCGACGCAGCAUAUUGGGAAGGCAGCAUACAGCAAGCUGGAACAAAUUGUGUCGCUGACCAUGCGCUCAGUACAGCAACCAACGCUGCGCCUGUUCUCAGAAACCAGAUUGGGGAACAGAUUUCGGCGGUAUAUGCAGGACCUGCCCAAGGCGACGUUGUGCGGACCAGUCACGACACACAAUCAUCAGCAAUCGCCGAAACUGUCGCCGAAUAUCUACAGUUACCGAUCGCAACACUCCUGCAGCUGAUCCCUCCACAUCUGCUCGACCCUAGCCAUGAAAGAUUCAGCUGCACGGGCUUGCAUCUGCCCGUUACGAGUGUGGAGGCGCUUCUGGAAACGUUCAAGGCUGUCAAUUGGCUCUGCGCGUCAGGUGCUGUCGGAGCGGGUGCGGUGCCCCGCUUGCUCGAAGGGCAGGAACGAUCAACUUCGCCAGAAACGCAUGUACCUUCUAAUUCUUCGCCCGGCGGGGCUGCCGCACCAAAUGCUGUCUUUCAAGCGCCAGCUUCAGGUGUGUCGCCGCCGGAUGGACGCAGCACCACUUUCGACAUCAAUGAGCUGGUCCAGCGCGCCGCGGAUGUUGUGUCAGGUCAGGCUGCCGGCAAGAAGAUUCAGCUCAUCAUUCAGCUCAUCAACGACGAUGAGGGUAACUAUGGGCACCCCCAGUUACAGGUCGCUGGAGGCAAUGCAGCGACGGAUCCGGCACGAGAAAAGCGCAGAAGAAUGCCAACCGGAUGCAGCGUCCUUGGAGACGAAGGUGCUCUGCGCUUUGGCGUCAUACAUUUUUUCUCUCGCGUGCUUCACAUCGCACCUUUUGGGUCGAAGCUAGAGGUAUACACGCGGACCCAGCCAGCGGCAGCCGCCGAUGCUGGAACACUACGCUGCACGAUUGAGGCUGCACUUUAUUCCGACUGUCAGAUCGACCAUAUCGACCUGGGAAACAGCGGGAAUUUGGUGUGUCAAUCUGUACUCGCACGAGCUGGCAUCGAGUUGCGGAGCGGCCGCGUCACCAAGGAUGCUGCAUUCGCGGGCCACGAGGCAAUGGAGGCACAGCCGACAAAACCUGCAGGAUUGCGAGUGACGUACUUCCUAAGUGCGCUGCUCCGCUCGGGCGCCAAGCUAGUCGAAGCAGCUGAACUGGAGGAAGCGGAUCGAGCGGGACGGCAGCGCUUUUUGCCGAGCAUCACACUCGGCCGGGAGCCUUCCUUCAAGGAGCUGGAAACGCUUGCAACGCAAGAGUUACAUGGAAAAAAAGUGGCUGUACGCGCCAGGCACGAUAGCGCAUUCGCCGAGCAAGUCGGAAUGUUCCUAGCGCUGUGCGAUAUGGACGUCGCGAGGCUUCCGCUGCAAGAUGAGGAUGUGGGUGGGCAGCUUGGGAGGGAGUAUUGGCAAUCAGCUGCAUUUCAAUCUCCUCCUUCGCACACGCAAGAGCCAAAACAGCAGCCAUCGUCGUUGGGGCAUGCACCGCGCACGGCGGUCGCAUUGUCGGAUGGCAAACCCGUGCUGGUUAAUUAUCCGAGCGAUUUGUCCGUUCCCCGAGCGGGCAAUCCUGCCAACACAUCCGUCGAAGCAGGACUAGCUACUUCACAAUCAGCGGCUGUGCUCAACCCCAUCACUGGCGAGCCGGCGCCGCUCGUUGGGCCUGCCACGAGUUCCACUGCAACCUCUUCUGCGGAACCCGAGUGCAGCGCAAGCACUGGCGGGCCACAGCGCAUCGAACCAUUUACCUUUCUCAUGAUCGAUGACGACAUUCGAACGCUUCAAGUGGAGCUCCUGCGCAUUCUCUCAGCCGUUCCCCUGCUGCAAUCGGCCCUCCACCUUCAAGGCUCGCUCGGCGCCAGCGUUCCUUCGUCGCCUGAACAAAUGGGCCGGCCUGCCUUCCCGCCUCGUCCUCGGUCCAGCCCCCAAGUCCAGCGCGUCCUAGAUGCGGAAGUCGGGGCGCCGAGCAGAAGUGCCUAUACCGCUGCACCGAGCAGACCGACCAGUCCCAUUGCCUCGGACAGCAGGUCCGGCACAGAGCUGCAGGAAUGCACCACGACAAUUAUCUACUUUACCAGUCUGGCCAACUUCCGAAUGGUGCGGGAUGUCGUGUGUCCCAUCUCAGAGAGCUUGGUGGCUGGUACCGGCAUCUCUUUGCCGGCGAUCAUCGUCGUUCCCAAGCCAGCGGGAAUGAGACGGCUGCUGACCACACUGCAUACAGCCCUGCAUAAACCACUCAUAGACCCUUUCUUCCACCCCAUUGCUACCUCGCCCAAGUCGCCAGCGUUGUUCGCGAGCUACAAUCGACCCUUUGAUUUCUCUGCAGGUGGUUCCUCCACCGCUGACGCUGCCAAUGCAGAAACAAGCGGGCAGAAUGUAUUGCCCCGCUUGGUGAAUCCGGUCACGCCGACACUUCCGCUGUUGCCGCAAGCCAGUCACCCAGAUCAAGUGCUGCUUCGAUCUGCUUCGACGAAGCCACCGUUGCAAAGCCCUCAUGCCGAGGCUCUGCCGCAUUCGCCGUCGUCAACCAAGGAAAAUCGGUACUCUCUACGCUUGAGCGAUUUACCGCCUGCGGACGCGCGCAUGGAGCCAGAGAAAUCGACCACACCCAAAUCGAGCAACCAGGGGCUUCUUAAGGCGAACAGAAUCGACAGCGCUCAUGAUUCAUCUGAUACUGCAUCCGCAUCCGCCAGGUCUCACCGAAGUACAACGGGAGUAUCGUCCAGCAGGCCUAGCAGUCCCAUGUCAGUCGAUGCACUUGAGUAUUUUGGUGAAGCGGCUUUCAGACUGGGCGACGGUGCUGCAAGAGGCUUGGUCGUGCAAUCCCCCGACGGCCGGCCGGCAGGGAUCUACUUCCGUCCCAAAUCGAACAGUAUUCGCAGCUCGUCUUCAGCCAAGGGUAACGCGGGCAGCACGAUCAGGGAGGACCCUAGCGCUGGUACAGCCGUUGGCGCUGGUGCAAGUAGUGGCGGAGGUGCAGCAGACUCGCAAACCGAAGGAGCAAGUGCAGGGCCAGGUAUGGUUCACCGCAGUCUCAGCUCAUCUUUACGGAAAGGGGGAUUAGCAGCCACGGAUCAGUCGCCCAGACAAAGCCAGAGGAACCUGCGCCCUGGCUCAAAUACUUCUGCCGUACCCAAUAGCCCGUCGAUCUCGACUCUGCUCACACCACAAGUUGGUAUCGAGAGCGUGCUGAAUGGCAGUGCACCGCCGGUUGUGGGGCCUCUGCCGCAGCACAUUGCAGAUGUUGCGCCGCAGGUCGCUGCCGCGGCAGCACAAUCUCCUGCGAUGACACCUUCACUGGGUUCUGAUCCCGAUCGAAUGCACAAGAAGCAGGUUCAGGCGAUCUUAGGAGGAGCAGCCGAUCGCGCGGUAUCUGGCCAGGCGAAUCUUCAUGGUGCGCUAGGAUUCCAGCGGGCUAAUCCUCAAAGCACCACCGCGUUGCCAGCGCAUCCUCUUCGCGGCUUUGAUCUCAACGCUGCAGCAAAGACUCCUAGUACCCUGCAUGAUGCUCCCAUGGGGCGUUCCCCGUCAAAGCUGAAAGGUACAAAGAACUCUCUGGCGCAAGCGCGGCAGUCGUUCGCGAUGGUUCAGCAGCCUUCGGCAGGAGCCGCACGGCCGAGUGCUCAACCACAAGCCGGUCUUCUCAUCGGCGCUGGCUUUUCUCAAACACAACGUCGUGGCACAGGACCUAAGAGGGCCCCUGUGAGGGAAGCAAUUUUGCCUCCUAUCAAGGUGCUAAUUGUCGAAGAUAAUGCCAUCAACAUUCGCAUUCUGACGCGGUUCAUGAGUAGGAAGAAUAUCCAGUACGAGGUUGCAAACAAUGGCAGAGAGGCGAUCGACAAAUGGCGCAAUGGCGGAUUUCACAUUAUCUUUAUGGACAUUCAAUUGCCUGUUUUGGAUGGUAUUCAGGCAACCAAGGAGAUCCGACGGCUGGAACGUCAUGCCAACAUUGGCAUCUUCCCUGGCACGCCGCCCCCUUCUUCGCCUCAGUCAGUAGGGCUGAGCGAGAGUAGAGGCAAGAUCGGCAGUAGCUAUGCCAGCACGAGCUCCGGCUUGCUCUCAGUGCCCGGAUCCGCAGAAGCGUCCCGUGUGCCAAUGCCAUCGCCAUUCCGCGCUUCGGUGAUCAUCGUCGCGCUCACAGCCUCUUCCUUCAACUCGGAUCGUGUCGCCGCGCUUGCAGCAGGUUGCAACGAUUUCCUCAACAAGCCGGUCGACCACAAGUGGCUGGAGAAGAAGAUUAUCGAAUGGGGGAGCAUGCAGUACAUUUUGCUUUCGGGUUUCGUAUCCGAGAGCGUGAGCAGGUGGAGAGACCCGAAAUCCAGCAAGCCUGGCGGUGGCAAAGUGGACGACACGGGUCAAGCAAGCGUGCCGAAAGUCGCCGCAGCUGGGGCUGCGGCUAACUCACCACGAGACCUACCACGGGAGAUACAAAGCAACUUUGACCGCAUUCCGAAUGCUCAGGCCAUGGCGUUGGCCAGCAAGCUCCAUAUCGCACCAAAGAAGAAGAAGAUGCAUUUAGAGAUCGGGACCGCGCAGACAAUCCAAGAAACCCCCACGCCCAAAUAAUUUGCUCCGCCAAUUCAAGGCUCCGUAUUCAAAUCAACGUCGCUGAUGGAAAUUCUGCAGAGACGACACCAAACGUACCGCCCUCGAACUCUGCGCUGCCCACUCCGGGAUCUGCGCCAGCUUUUUCCAGCUCCAACCAUCAUGGGUGAUGCACCACCGCCGAUCCUGCUACAGUCUGGCAGCGAAGCGAGUCAGACUGUGCAGACAGGGUAGCAGGAAGGUCCAUGUAUUGCCAUAGCUGAUCCUGAUCCACACUCAAGGCAACCAAGCAUCCAGCAUUGUAGAGGCACUCGAACAGCAAGAAUGUGCUUUUCAGACUGCUCUAGUUCCGCGUCGGCGAGCAAUGUGACUAUAUCUGCCGAGGCGAGCCGCCAGAGUACUGGCACAGAACCGACAUAUGCUGAUGCGCUGAUGACCACGGGUCUCGCGAAUGGUUUCCAGGAGCAAUUUACAGAACAUGAGUACAUGUAGGGAAUGUGUAACUAAGAAAACCUGC